GAGAACCCAUACGGCGGCUGUUUCAUUCGCGAAUCCUUCACGGUCGGACUCGUCUUCUCCGGUCUCCCCAAAUCGCCAAAUCUAACCUCUCGCCUCGACCCCCACCCCCUCUACGCCUCGCCAUGGCGUCCGACACCAAGGCAGUAGCCGCUCUCUUCUCCAUGUACAACGACGACGAGGAAGAGGAUGACGGCGACGAGCCCAGACCCCCUUCGCCGCCCGCCGCCGCAACCUCCUCGUCGCCGUCACCUCAGACCGAAGGCGAGGGCUCAAACCCUAACCCCAACGCUGCCGCUUCUUCGGCGCCCCCAUCCCCUCCCCUCGCCGAGGAUCCGGCCGGCCGCAGAACCCUAGCCAGCCCCUACCCCUCGCCGGGGCUCCCGCCGCUGCCUUCGCGCCGCUCGUCCUCGCCCUUCGCGAUUUCGUCCCCCUCCCCGCUCCGCCCCGCCGCGGCCAUGCCGCCGGCCGACCUGCCGCGCCCCCCUCGGCGUGGCCCGCUUGCUAUCGUGGACUACGCUCAUGACGAAACGGCCAUGUCGCCGGAGCAGGAGGAUGGGGAGAUCAAUGGCAUAGACAGAUCGGGUUUGGAUGCUCAGGUUGCUGAGGGGAAUUAUGAAGAAAAGACUCUCUCAGGUAUUGUUCACAUACUGACCCCAAAUAUACGAUCAGAAAUGUCUCAGCAGAACGAUGCACCUGAACAGAAUCAAGUAGGGGCAGCUGCAGCAAUGAGUGUAACUGGAGCAGAAAUGGAAGAUGUUCAGGUGGAAGAAGCUGCUGAUAACAUGCAGAAUGAUGAUCCUCUGAGUCGUUUCCUUCCUCCUCCUGUGACUGCAAAAUGUUCUGCAGCACUACAGCAAAAGAUCAACAAGUUCCUUGCGUACAAAAGGGCUGGAAAGAGCUUCAAUUCUGAAGUGCGCAAUAGAAAGGACUACAGGAAUCCAGACUUUUUGCAGCAUGCUGUGCGGUACCAAGAAAUUGACCAGAUAGGGACCUGCUUCAGUAAAGAUGUUUUUGAUCCUUAUGGGUACGAUAGAAGCGAUUACUAUGAUGAGAUCGAAGCUGAUAUGAAGCGUGAAGUUGAGAGAAAGGAACUGGAGAAGAAAAAGAGUGGAAAGGUUGACUUUAUCACUGGAGGAGUACAAGCUCCAAUUAGUGCGGCAAUACCGAAAAUUGCAGCUGCUGUAUCAGCAGCAGCUGCUGCUGGUGCACCAUUGGUUUCGAUAUCGGGAGAAGGCGUACAGAAAGAGGCUAGGCCAAACAAGAAGUCAAAAUGGGAUAAGGUUGAUGGGGAUAUUAAGAACCCUGUGGCUCCAAGUGGACUUGAUAAUUUGUCAGCAGCCGCGCUUCUAACUUCAGCAAAUGUUGGUGCUGGAUACGCUGCUUUUGCGCAACAAAAGAGGAAAGAAGCUGAAGAAAAGAAAACAAGCGAUCAUAAGUCAGACAGAAGAUCGUAGUGCUUCUCUCCUUUUCUUUUGAGUUAAGGAUGUACUAUUUGGAGGUUUUCAAUUACAUAGCCUUAUAAUGUGAAAAAAAAAACCUUCAAGAAUUGGCCAAAAAACAUGCUUACACAAUGUGUUCCCUAUGUGUUGCUAUUUUUACUAUAAGCUGCUUUUUGGGCGUAUUGGCAUUUCUCAAGGGUGACAUACUAACCUCAUCUUGCCAUGUUUAGGACAUUUUCUUGAUUUUGGGCGGAUUUAAACUCAAUAAAUUUCCGCUUUCCCGUCGGUA